AUGCGAGAUGAAAUCGCGAGACAUGUCAAUGAGCACUUCAACAUCGAUCCAUGGCACUUGACUUAUGGAGAAGGGCCUGCGGGGACUGCCGCUCUGCGUGGACAUAUCGCAUCCGAUGUGAACGAGGUCUUCCAUCCAUCAGCACCAAUCCACGCGAAUCACAUAUGCGUGUGCAAUGGGGCCGGCUCAGCCGUGAGCAAUUUCUGCUUCUGCGUUGGCGAGCCGGGCGACGGCAUUCUUCUCAGCAAGCCGCUCUACACCGGCUUCUUCGGCGACAUCGAACAUGGCUCGAAGUUCAAGCUGGUCCAAGUAGCAACGGAAGGCGUUGAUCCGCUCAGUGCCGACGCUGUCCGCCUCUAUGAGAAGACUCUUCACGACGCCGAAGCAUCCGGCACGAAGAUCCGAGCAAUUCUCCUUGCAAAUCCUCACAACCCACUUGGACGGCCAUACAGCAAGGAAGCACUGGCUGCCUUCUGCCGAUUCUGCGACAAAUAUAACAUCCAUCUCCUAUCCGAUGAAGUCUAUGCCCAAUCCUGGUUCCCCAGUAAAGACUUCCCUGAACCGGAGCCUUUUGUUAGUAUCCUCAGUCUUGAGCUGAAAAAGUACAUCAAUCCAGCAUUGGUCCAUGUGAUUUAUGCGAUGAGCAAGGACUUGUGUGCAAACGGCAUUCGUGUGGGUUGCCUCAUUUCUCCUUUCAAUGACGGGCUUCUGUCGGCAUUCAAGUCGAUCUCGCGCUUUACCAGAGCUAGUCAGCUUGCCGAGCAAGUGUGGCUCGGUCUUUUCGAAGAUCGACCUUUCCUGGACUGGUACUUUCCUGAGAUGAGACGCCGACUGGCAGAUGCCUAUGCGUAUACAACAGGAAGACUUGAGGAGGAGAGGAUCCCAUAUAUUCCUGCUUCUACUGGUGUGUGCGUUUGGAUUGAUCUUAGUGAAUACUUGGAUCACAAUACUCAAGCUUCGGAGCUGACUUUAGCCUGGAGGCUUGCAAAAGCCGGCGUGUGGAUUGCGAUGGGCGCAACGUUUGGAUCGGAAAGGCAUGGUAACUAUCGUAUUACCUUUGCAACACCGCGCGCCGAUCUUGAGCUGGGGCUUGAUCGGCUAUUCAGAAUACUGGGCGACGUACGCGGAGAACGAAAGCUAUUGAACGAACAUGCAUAG